AGCGCUGCGCACACGUCGGCGACGAACGUGUUAUUCAUAGAACAAAAUGGCGGCACGAACGGUCAGUCGAUGUUUUGUUGUGUCCACGAGGUGUUACAGCUCGAAAGCUGACAAAAAUGUCGCCUUCCUCGGCCUUGGAAAUAUGGGAGGUUUUAUGGCGGCAAAUCUAGUUAAGAAGGGCUUCAACGUCCGUGGUUACGAUCCAUCCAAGGAUGCGUUGUCAGCUGCAGCUAAGGAUGGAAUAUCCAGUGCUAACUCAAUAGCCGCGGCUGUCGAUGGCGCAGACGUCGUUGUGUCCAUCCUGCCAAGCAACAAAGUCGUCCUUGACGCGUACCUUGGCAACGAUGGAGUUGUCAAACAUGUGCCUAAAGGUUCACUCCUAAUUGACUCGAGCACAGUGGACCCAAAUGUGCCCAAACAAAUUUUCCCAGUGGCAUCCGAGAAUGGAGUGAAUUUUAUCGACGCUCCUGUAUCCGGAGGUGUUAUGGGCGCCCAGAAUGCUACGCUCGCGUUCAUGGUUGGUGGGCGCAAAGAAGAUUUCGAUAGGUCUUUGCCAAUGCUCAAAGCUAUGGGCGCUAAGCAAUUCCACUGCGGCGAUAGUGGUGCCGGCCAAGUGGCUAAGUUAGCUAACAAUAUGCUCAUGGGUAUCACCGGCAUGGCGACAGCUGAGUGUAUGAACAUGGGUAUUAAGAUGGGUCUUGACCCGAAAGUGCUGUUGGAUGUGCUGAACAAUUCCUCAGCUAGAUCGUGGUCCACUGAGGUGUACUGUCCAGUGCCGGGAUUGGUGCCAACCGCACCAUCCAGCAGGAACUACGAUGGUGGUUUCAAGAAUGAGCUGAUGGUUAAGGAUUUGGAAUUAGCUAGCAGCAUGGCUCUUGGUAUCCGGUCUCCCAUUCCCUUGGGUGCUGUUGCAACUCAGCUGUACCGCAUCGUGCAGUCUCGAGGUUAUGGACAGAAGGACUUCUCUUAUAUUUACCAACUCUUGAAGGAAGAAGCAAAGAAGUAGAAUAAAUUGUACAUUUUUUUUUAGAUUUUUAUUUAUUUACAUGCAAAAAGAUUUGUGGAUGUGUGUGUGGGAAAUUUUCGUUAAAAGAUGUGUGGUUCGUUAUUGUUUUGUAUUUCACAAAAAUAUAAUAAGCAAUAUUAAUCAUUUUGAACAACAAUAAAAGAACAAAAUGAAGACUAAAGCAAUAAA